GUGUAAGAUGCACAUUUCUUACUGGCUUAACAAAAAUAGAUGGCUAACCAAACAACUGGAGAACAUAUGCUUGAAAUUGCAAGGUAUUUUAAUGUAUGUAAGCCAACCUGUGCUCUGUGCCAAGUUAUUUGUUAGGUAACGACAGUGCUCUCUCUGUAGGUGAGGUUUUGAUUGGCUGAGGUUUGAGAAGCAAGACCUCACGAAUCAGACCACAUGGAGGUCAAAGGGCGCCUCAUCACAUCCAUGGGUGUGGGGGCUCCAGGUGAGUUUUACACCUCCACAAAGAGAUUUUGGGGUAUUUAGUAAUCUCGCAUGAACAGACGCAUGUAAGAUAGGAUGGUAUCAUAGCGUCUGUCAACAAACAGACUGUGGGAUGUGACGACUAACAAGGAAAUUUGUUCCGUUGUACAGAUUUUUUCAUCACUGAUUUGGACAAUUCCCGAUUUCGCAGGUGUUUGCAUCUUUCGAAUUUCGGAAGGGGAUAGGACAUUUGGCCCAUAGACUUGCCCGAAACUUGCAGAGAAAGGGGGGUGGAGCUACCACCCUGCUUCCGCUCCUCGUUGUAGUAUAUUUUCUAACUAUCAGACAUGUUUUUGAGUUAUGUACCCAGUAGGUCCCUCAGGUCCUCUGGCACUGGCCUUUUAACUAUCCCAAAGCCUAGGACCAAGAGGCAUGGAGAGGCAGCUUUUAGUUACUAUGCACCCAGCAUCCGGAAAAGCCUGCCAGAGAACCUGAGGGGGGCUGAAACUGUGGACAUAUUUAAAAGAGAUCUUAAAACACCUUUUUGGCUUUGCUUUUUUAGUAUUUCAGUUUUUAUUGUUAUUAUUUUGUUUUUCUAUCCUCUUAUGUUUGUUGUUCAGUAAUUAUUUCUGUUUUUAUUUUCGUUGUUGUUGUUUUGGGGGGGGGGGGGGGGGGGGUUGAAAUGUGCUGUAUAAAUAAAGCUUGAUUUGAACACAUCUGCCCCCAGAACUUAAUUGAGCAUCUGGCACAAGUACGCAAUAUUUUAGUUCUGGGUUUCUGAUAUUAGGUACUUAGUAACACCAUUGCUAUUACAUAGUAAUUGUAUACUUGUUGUCUUAACUGAAUAUGUUGAUGUGUUUGUUGGUGUAUAGAUCAGGACAGCAAGCUGCAAGCUGAGCGCAUCUCCGCACUGCAGGAGAGAAAGCAACUCCUGGAGGAUAUCCUCAGCAGCCGAGUGGGAGAGCUGAGACAAGUGUGUCUGCUGGAGGCGGUCAGUUCCUCUCUCCUACCUCUUACCUAUUGUAGGGCUCAGGUCAGUUCCUCUCUCCUACCUCUUACCUAUUGUAGGGCUCAGGUCAGUUCCUCUCUCCUACCUUUUAACUAUUGUAGGGCUCAGGUCAGUUCCUCUCUCCUACCUUUUAACUAUUGUAGGGCUCAGGUCAGCUCCUCUCUCCUAUCUCUUACCUAUUGUAGUGCUCAGGUCAGUUCCUCUCUCCUAUCUCUUACCUAUUGUAGGGCUCAGGUCAGUUCCACUCUCCUACCUUUUAACCAUUCUAAGGCUCAGGUCAGUUCCUCUCUCCUACCUUUUAACUAUUCUAAGGCUCAGGUCAGUUCCUCUCUCCUACCUUUUAACUAUUGUAGGGCUCAAGGCAUGUUAGAGAGAAUGGCUCCAUACACCCAAGCCAUGCUAUAGAGAUGCGUGCUUUAUGAGAUUAUUGGAACGCAAAAACCAACGUUAGGUUUGUUUUCUGUAUCUGACUCAAUACAGAGCAGCUCUAACCCGCUGUAAACCUCAACCACCUGAAAUAAUAAAUCAGGCUCAAUGAGUUUGGCUGCACAGAUGAAAGAACAAUAUUUUGCAACUUGACAUUACAAAGCAAAGUUUAAAGAGCAACUGCCCCUAAAAACCAACUUCUCGUUUAGAAAACAGCCUAAGUGGCAUGGAUAUGAGUCAGAAACAUUUAUUCUACUGUAAUAAUUUACUACAAAGUGUAAAUAGGAUAAUUUUGGUCAUAAAGUCAGUCUCAUCCAAAACAGAGUUUUGUGAGACUUGUGGUCGUAAUUGCAUCACAAUGUCCACAUGGCAGCACACAAGUAAUCAGCAUUUCGGAGUGCAGCUGUACUUGACCCAAUUGUAAUGCUGUGGUAAAUAUGGGUUGACUUUGGAAAUCCCUAUAGGACUAGUUAGGGACCAUCUGCAAAAUUCCAAUAGCUCCAAAUUUCAAUGACUUAAAAACCUCAAACCAACUAUUAAUUGUAGAAAUUCAUAUACAAAUAUUGAAAGCAUUUAUGAGAACUAAAAGGUGUGCAACAAAAUAUUGUCUCAUUUACAAUGUGUAAUUUAUUGACAGACCCUAAUUAGCCCCGGAGAUAGGCUAUCCAAAGUCAAACCAACUUUGCCACAGUCGCACACCAGCCAACUAAAGCUAAUUGGCUAAAUCAUUUGGCUAACUCUUGUGAACACACACAAGAGACACCCACAUCAAACCACACCCCUAAACCAACUCGCGUUCUAAUUCAGUCAUGGCCACUAGCAUUUUCUAAUAAACCAAAUCUAAAACGAGGUAAAAUCAGGAAGUGCAGUCACCUUUUAAAGUUUCCCCUUGCAGAGCAGCGUCAGUUAAGAAUAUGUAGCGAAAGUGUAUGAAUAUUAGCCUGAUUUCUCCUGAGACAGAGACAGAUAUACUGUACCAGGCACCAGAUCCAGCUUUUCACUCACAGCUGUUUCACACAUUCCCCCUGAUUUUGGUUUAGAAUUCAACACAGAUGUGUCUCAGCUUCUCUCUAGACUAAGAUUAUUCAUGCAUGGAAAUGCUCUCUAUAUACUGUUUAGUGCAUUAGAUUUGGUGAUUUGAUGCACUACCAUUCAAAUGAUACUAUUCUUGACCAACAUAGUUUAAUUUACAUUUACAUUUACGUCAUUUAGCAGACGCUCUUAUCCAGAGUGACUUACAAAUUGGUGCAUUUACCUUAUAGCCAGUGGGAUAACCACUUUACAAUAUGUUUUUUUUUGUUUUUUGGGUGGGGUAAGGGGGGGGGGGGGGGGGGGGGGGGGGGGGGGUAGAAGGAUUACUUUAUCCUAUCCCAGGUAUUCCUUAAAGAGGUGGGGUUUCAAGUGUCUCCGGAAGGUGGUGAGUGACUCCACUGUCCUGGCGUCGUGAGGGAGCUUGUUCCACCAUUGGGGUGCCAGAGCAGCGAACAGUUUUGACUGGGCUGAGCGGGAACUGUGCUUCCGCAGAGGUAGGGGGGCCAGCAGGCCAGAGGUGGAUGAACGCAAUGCCCUCGUUUGGGUGUAGGGACUGAUCAGAGCCUGAAGGUACGGAGGUGCCGUUCUCCUCACAGCUCCGUAGGCAAGCACCAUGGUCUUGUAGCAGAUGCGAGCUUCAACUGGAAGCCAGUGGAGUGUGCGGAGGAGCGGGGUGACGUGAGAGAACUUAAGAAGGUUGCAGCAUUCUGGAUGAGUUGUAGGGGUUUAAUGGCACAGGCAGGGAGCCCAGCCAACAGCGAGUUGCAGUAAUCCAGACGGGAGAUGACAAGUGCCUGGAUUAGGAGCUGUGCCGCUUCCUGUAGAAGGCAGGGUCGUACUCUCCGAAUGUUGUAGAGCAUGAACCUACAGGAUCGGGUCACCGCCUUGAUGUUAGCGGAGAACGACAGGGUGUUGUCCAGGGUCACGCCAAGGCUCUUCGCACUCUGGGAGGAGGACACAACGGAGUUGUCAACCGUGAUAGCGAGAUCAUGGAACGGGCAGUCCUUCCCCGGGAGGAAGAGCAGCUCCGUCUUGCCGAGGUUCAGCUUGAGGUGGUGAUCCGUCAUCCACACUGAUAUGUCUGCCAGACAUGCAGAGAUGCGAUUCGCCACAUGGUUAUCAGAAGGGGGAAAGGAGAAGAUUAGUUGUGUGUCGUCUGCGUAGCAAUGAUAGGAGAGGCCAUGUGAGGAUAUGACAGAGCCAAGUGACUUGGUGUAUAGCGAGAAUAGGAGAGGGCCUAGAACUGAGCCCUGGGGGACACCAGUGGUGAGAGCACGUGGUGCGGAGACAGAUUCUCGCCACGCCACUUGGUAGGAGUGACCGGUCAGGUAGGACGCAAUCCAAGAGUGAGCCGCGCCGGAGAUGCCCAACUCGGAGAGGGUGGAGAGCAGGAUCUGAUGGUUCACAGUAUCAAAGGCAGCAGACAGGUCUAGAAGGACAAGAGCAGAGGAGAGAGAGUUAGCUUUAGCAGUGCGGAGAGCCUCCGUGACAAAGAGAAGAGCAGUCUCAGUUGAAUGACCAGUCUUGAAACCUGGUUUGGAUCAAGAAGGUAAUUCUGAGAGAGAUAGCAAGAGAGUUGGCUAAAGACGGCACGCUCAAGAGUUUUGGAGAGAAAAGAAAGAAGGGAUACUGGUCUGUAGUUGUUGACAUCAGAGGGAUCGAGUGUUGUUUUUUUGAGAAGGGGUGCAACUCUCGCUCUCUUGAAGACGGAAGGGACAUAGCCAGCGGUCAAGGAUGAGUUGAUGAGCGAGGUGAGGUAAGGGAGAAGUUCACCGGAGAAGAGAGGAGGGGAUAGGGUCAAGCGGGCAGGUUGUUGGGCGGCCGGCCGUCACAAGUCGCAAGAUUUCAUCUGGAGAGAGAGGGGAGAAAGAAGUCAAAGCAUAGGGUAGGGCAGUGUGAGCAGGAACAGCAGUGUCAUUUGACUUAACAAACGAGGAUCGCAUGUCGUCAACCUUCUUUUCAAAAUGGUUGACGAAGUCAUCCACAGAGAGGGAGGGGGGGAGGGGGAGGAGGAUUCAGCAGGGAGGAGAAGGUGGCAAAGAGCUUCCUAGGGUUAGAGGCAGAUGCUUGGAAUUUAGAGUGGACUGUACCAGGCACCUGUACCAGGCAUCUUCAUAUUAUCACAGUAGCAUUAGUUCUAGCUAAUUUUAAGAUACACAGGCUGGAGACUGUAACAGUGUAUGAUAUAAAUGUUUAUUACAUUUGUUCCUAUUGCUCUAUUAUAUAACCAUAUUUUAUAACAGACAUUAUGAAAUUUGACUUGGCAGUGGACAUAUGAAAACAGUGGUAAAAAAGGAUGAAAAUGUAUGCACUCACUACUGUAAGUCGCUCUGGAUAAGAGUGUCUGCUAAAUGAUUGCUUUUUACAAAUGGUAGCUUUUUAAUCAAACUAUGCUAAUUCUGUUGCAUGAAUGUUGUCUGCAGGAGCUGACCGGGAUGGUCCCACAUGCUUUUCCCCUGGAGACAGGAGAGAGAGCUCCCGUUGUACAGCGCAGGGCUGGCCUGGCACAUAACACCAAGGGAGAGGUCAGAGAACAUUCAGAUACUAUGACAUUGGUCACAGAGGACCUGUAUGUCUGUUAAUACUGGUUAUCAUCACAUCACUGACUAAGUUAUUGCUUUGUGCAGGAUGAGACAGGUCAGCGAAGGCAGAUGAAAACACUCUUCAGUGGUGCUCUGUACAGACACUCAGAGUCAGACAGGAAUGUCCCCAACAGCAGGAGGACCGUUCACCGGGGAUGCCACACAGGUAAGGUAGUGCUGCGUACAGCAAGAGUUCAAAGACGUAUUAACAGCUAUACAUAAAGAUCUUGCACAAUGUUUCCAUGAUAUCCAUAGAGAAAAGGCUGAACAACCUCUCACCACACAUAUAAUUUCACUUUGAUAUGAGGCAGUUUCCUCUCCGAUGCUGUGAUGGCCUGUGUAUUUGGUCUCCACUUCCUGCCUAUGUUGUACUGUGUAAAAAACACAUUUCACUGCACCUAUCCAGUGCAUGUGACAAUAAAACGUCUUUAUUUAUUAUUUAUUACUGAGGUUGUUGUUGCCUGUGAUGACAGAUUGUGUUUGUUUAUCUUCCAGAGGACACGGUGAUGUCGGAGAGUACUAGCUCCAUGUCAGAUUCAACAUCCCAUGACAAUGGUGAGUCAGCCAGACCUGCAAAUACAAUAAUAACAACUGAAUCUGUAAAAGCUGGUCUGUAAAAUCAUUGAUCUUUGUCUGUUCCACAAAUACAACAGUCUUGCAAAAUAUUCUCAAAAUGUCUAGGCGGAGUUAGUAUCAUUACAUUAUUCUGUGAGGCUACAGAAAAGAGAGAUUGUAUGAUUGGUACUGUUCACAUUCACAGUUUAUAAUUCAAUUACUGGAUGACAGAUCAGAUUUCAGUCCCGAUCGUGAAAAUGAGAGGGACGAAGAAUCACAUUUCUCCUCCUUAAAUUCUGAAUUACACGGCUGCUGCCUGAGUAUGUUCAUGAAAGAGAAUAACCUGUUAGAGUGACUCAAGUUAAGACCAAACCCCAUCUUCUCCCUGCCUCAGAGGAGUCCUCUCCCAGUGUGGCAGAAGACCACCGCUCCAUGUCCCAGCCCCGUCUGGGCAGUCCAGAACACCAGGUCUGUAGGAAACUGUCCCCAGUGGAGAUAUACUAUGAAAUGAGAACACGCCGUAACUCUGUGACCAGCUCUAUCAGGUAAUGUCAGUGUGUGUGUGUGUACGUGUAACGCACUCCUUCUUCUUGUGUCUAAUGCUAUGUUCUGAUGUUUUUCCCUAGCCCUAGUCAUUCUCUACCAAGGAGUGCAUCUAAUGUUGAAGGCAGAAGUGUUCCUGCAACCCCCCUCCUCGCCCGAACCGCCCCAAUCAGUGUUCAUGUCAGGUAAUAUUCCUCCUCUGGUCCAGUGCUUCUGCUUAAUGCAGCACAUCCACUGCUACCCACCCACUAUGAUGACAGAGAGGCUGACCGAAUGACCGAUGAGUGCAGCAGGUAAUUAGGCUACAGAACAUGCCAGUGAUGGAAAACGUUAUCUCAAAAUUUUAUUAUCAAGGCAAGAUGAUUUAUUUUGUGAGAAGUCAGAUGCUUAGUGUCAUAUUGACUUAUAUCAUGUUAUUUUUUAAAAUGUCUUUAUGUAUUAGGUUUGAUAUCACAAAUUCAAUCAAUUGAAAAUGAAAUGUAAAGAUAGUGUGUUUACAUUAUGACAAUAACCUAUCAUAAUAAGCUCAUCAAAUGCUCAUUGCUCUCUAUCGCUCCUUCAGAUCGGAUGGCUCUGGUGGGAUUUCACUAAAGCAGUGGUCUGGCAGCCUGGAUGUACCACAUAUGGAGCCCCUGGCCCAGGAAGGUUCCUCCUCGGAGCGCAGAGGCUGCCCUUACAGCUCCCGUGCCCGGCGGAGCAACAGUUCUGAGGCCCUGCUUGACCGCUCCAGUCUCCCCGAGGACUCAGCCCCCAGAAACGGGAUGCCCCCCAGAGGAGGGCCCUACAAAAGCUCUGAGGCCCUCACUGACGGCAAGCUGAGGCACAUCCACCUGGGCAGUCCUGAGAGACAGGAGCAGGGCAACCUGCGGCUGUCCAUGGGUGGGAGAGGAGAAGCAGCAGGAGGAGGGGGUUACAAUGAGCUCCUAAUGGAUUACAUCUGGGGGAAGCAACAGAGGAUGCAAGUGCAACACCAGCUGUACCAAUCAACAGGUAGAAUCUGGCAGGACAUUUCCUCUCCUCGAUCGUCCACUGCUGCAGUGCCUCCUCACGCCAACGGCUUCUCCCACUCCCAGGUGCAUCUUCCCAGCGCUGCCCCUCCCUACAGUCCCAUGGUGAUCCGUAGCUCCCAGGCUGAGCCUCGCAGAGUCAAAGUCACCCGGACCAAGUCCUGCGGACCCUUCAUCCCCCUGCAGCAGGACGCCAUCCUGCUCUCUGCCUAUGAGUCUCCCCACCCUGCCCCAAGCUCCACUACCUCCUCCAUUCCCAACCUGCACCCCUUCCAGACUGAGCUGUCCGGCCCGUCAUUCAAUCGCAGGCCUCCCCAGUUCUCUCUCCCCACCCCUGAGGACUCGACAAGGAGUCUGCAUAAAGCCUUGGCACUGGAGGGUCUCAGAGACUGGUACCUGAGGAGCGCCCUCGGCUACCCUACCACCACGUCAAAGGGGCAUGAUGCAGGGGUCUCCCACCUCUCACACCCCCACCCUUUGGUGCACCAGGCUCAGUCUAUACAAGGUGAUCCACUCCAUAGGUCCCAGAUGUCUCAGUCAGCCAGCUUCCAUGGCCACCCACUGCAUGGA